AUGAUGUCCCAGAUGCUCCUGGCCGCCGCGGCCGGGCUCGUCGGCACGGCCGCCUUGGCCCCGGAGACUGUUCUUCCCCUGCCGCCCAUGGGCUUCAACAACUGGGCCCGCUUCACGACCAACAUCAAUGAGGCCAUCUUCGUUGAUGCCGCCGAGGCCAUGGCAAGCAGGGGCUUGCUGGCUGCGGGCUACAACCACGUCAAUCUCGACGACGCGUGGUCCACAAAGAGCCGGGCCGCCGACGGGUCCAUGGUCUGGGACAGUGCAAAGUUCCCAAGGGGCCUCCCCUGGCUCGCGUCGCACCUCAAGUCGCGAGGCUUCAUCCCGGGCAUCUACUCCGAUGCCGGCACCCUGUCGUGCGGCGGCUACCCCGCUGCCCUGGGCUUCGAGGAGAUUGACUUCAACGACUUUGUUGCGUGGGGGUUUGAAUAUCUCAAAAUGGACGGCUGUAACCUCCCCGACGGCAGUGAGGCGACGUAUCGCCAAGUCUAUGGCCGGUGGCACCAGCUCCUCUUACAGUCGGAGAGCCGCAUGGUCUUCUCCGACUCGGCCCCGGCCUACUUCUCCGGAAGAGAGAACUUGACUGACUGGUAUACCGUCAUGCGCUGGGCCAGAAAAAUCGGACACUUGGCAAGGCACUCGGCCGAUAUUGUCAACUACCCCGACGGCAAUGCCUGGAACAGCGUCCUGUUCAACUACGGGCAACACCUUCGCCUGGCCCGUUUCCAGAAGCCAGGCUUCUUCAACGACCCGGAUUUCCUCAUCGUCGACCAUCCUUCCUUUACCUUGGACGAGAAGAAGAGCCACUUUGCGCUCUGGUGCGCCUUUUCGGCGCCGCUCAUCCUCAGUGCCGACUUGGCCUCGAUUCGUGACGAGGAGGUUGAGUAUUUGACCAACCGUGACCUCAUCGCCAUUAACCAGGACAGGCUUGUCCAGCAAGCAACUUUGGUAAGUAGCGACGCAAACUGGGAUGUUCUCACCAAGAGCCUGGAGAAUGGCGAUCGACUCGUCGUAACCCUGAACAAGAGGGGCUCAACGGCCGACUUGACCGUGUCUUGGGAAAGACUCGGCUUCUCGCCAUCAGCUCUGCGGCGCGCAGGGGACGUCUCCGCCAAGAAUCUUUGGACCGGGAAACGAUCAAAGAUUUCUGCCCAGGAGAGCGGCAUCACCGCCAAGGGCGUUCCCUCGCAUGGCACCGCCGUCUUUCGCAUCGCCAGGCCCGCCAGUCCCAUCACGCCCACCGGCCUCAUCUUCAACACGAACAGCCUCAAGUGCCUCACAGACGACAAGUCAGGUAAGGUGUCAUGGGCCAAGUGCAACGGCUCCGACGCCCAGACCUGGAAGGUUCGCCCCGACUGGCACAUCAACAGUCUGCUCCGCCCCAACGAGUGCAUCGCCGACGCACAGGGCAGAAUAUUCUCCAGCCGCUCAGGCUGUCAGUCUGAAGCUUGGUUUUACCAGAUUACCGGGAACUUGGUCAACGCGAGGACGAGGCUCUGCUUGACGGAGAGGACAGACGGGGCCGCCGUUGCUGCCAAGUGUGGUUAUGAGCUGAAUGAGCAGGUUGUCAGCCUUCCCAUUGGUGCUGCGGUGGUUGGAGAGUAG